AUGAUGCCGUCUCGUACCAACCUGGCUACUGGAAUCCCCAGUAGUAAAGUGAAAUCCUCAAGGCUCUCCAGUACAGACGAUGGCUACAUUGACCUUCAGUUUAAGAAAGGCCCUCCUAAGAUUCCAUGUAAGGCCAUUGCGCUCGCUACCGUGCUGUUUUUGAUUGGCUCCUUUCUCAUUAUCAGAGGCUCCCUCCUGCUGGCAGGCUAUAUCAGCAAAGGGAUUUUUUCCUAUGAGGGGGCAGACUGGGCUGUUCCCGUCCUGAUCAUUGGCAUCCUGGUGUUCCUGCCGGGAUUUUACCACCUGCGCAUCGCCUGCUACGCACCCAAAGGCUAG